UUCUUUUAGAGUGCGGUACUGCUGCUAUUUUGUGAGGAUUUUCAGAAUUUGAGGAACGUUACUGCCGGCACCGAGAACUUGGAGCACAUCUGCCAUGGUGGAGUGAGUAAUUCAUUUUUUGCUGUUUUUGUGAUAUUUUAUAUAUCCAUUUUAAUUCUCUUUUUAUUAACAAAUCCCUUAUUUGGGGUAGCAGUACAUACUUCUCUUGCUAGUUUCAAGGAUUAGCAGACCCACUUCAUCAGAGACAGUAGUCCAUAAAGCACACCGUGUGAUUUUAUACAUCCUCCGCCCCCUAAUUUAUAGCAUUAUUACAUACCCAAAAAUAUAAUUAUUCAUGUCACAAAUAAAUGGCAAACACUUAAACAAAGCUAAACAUAUUUCCAAAACGACCUCAAUAUAUUUAUAACUCGUAAAUUAUGAUUAUAUAUAGUUGUAAUCAAAAUUAUUCAACUCAAAUUGAAAUAGCUCAACACAAAGUGGUUCCUAAAAUGCAAUGAAUUGGGGUACAUUGACGUUGUGGCAGGCUUAUGCAAUGUAUGAUUAUAUAUUGGACAUAAAACGAGAGAAAUCUCAAUGUAUCCAUCCUGGUAAGAUAUUUUAUAAAUAAAUAAACAAUACUGUAACUAAAUCCCCAUUAAGUUUGCCUAGGUUAUUUUUUUAAGUGGAACUGUUACAUUCUAUGACCUUUGAAAUUGCUGUUUAGUGAAUGAGUGAGGGUGCUGGAUUUUGUAUGUUGUAUGAAUUAGCCCCAGCAGCACCCUUAUAAGUAUGCAUGUUCAAGUGAAUGUAGCCCUCUUGGUUUUAUACACAGUUCUAAUCCUUUAGAUUGUAAGCUCACGGGCUCUCUACCUAUGCACUUUGUAUUGGCAAGAUUUCAGCUUACAGGCAGGCUCUCUCUACCUUUUGUAUUUUUCUGUGUGUAUUGUAUGUUCUCCACUAAUUGUACAGCACUACGGAAUCUGUUGGAGCUUUAUAAAUACCAGUAAUAAAUAAUAAAAAAUAAAUAAAUAAUCAAAAUUAUUUAACCCCCCCCAGUGAAAAUUAGGUUUAUUGUCAAAAUGUACAGACUUUAAGCUGUUUGCAAUGAACAUAUCAAACAGAAACAAGUGAAAUAGCACAAUGGAAUUAAUGUUUUAGGGGUUCUACAAAUUCAACGGAAAAUGCAACUAAUAAUUAAUUCUCCAGUCUCAAAAUUAUUCAACCCCCUGAAUAGAAUCCCUCACAACAGCACAAAUAUGCAAAACAGGUGUUCUCUCCGUACAUGCUACAUUUAACUGAAUAAAAGCACAUAAUCUUUACCAAAUUAAAAUCAUGAAUAUAUCAAAUAAUAAAUAAAAUCUUAAUAAUAAAUAGGUCUUAUACAAAUAUAUCAAUAAAUGUUACAGUAUUCAAAAAUAGUUCUGAUCAUUUUAAAACAGAAGAAAACAGGGGGAUUAUUACCAAAACCAAAAUAUUUUUAAAAUAAUACUAAAAUUUGAUAAAUGAUUAAUUUAAAAAAAUUAAAAAAGACAAUAUCAUAACUCUAAAAUAGCUAUGUAAAUAAAUUAAAAAAACACACACCAAAACAUCAUACCGAAUCUUUAAAAAUACUUGUCAUAAAUAAGACACCAUAAACAGACAUAUGUAGCUAAAAGAAUAAUAUUGUGCAUGUGGAUAUGGCCCUGUAUCAUAAAAAUAUCAAAUAUAUACUUUAUUUAUUUUUUUAGUACAAAACCAAAAAUGUAAAUAUCUAAUCUGAAAUAAAUGGGCUCAAAGUCCACAUUUAGAUUUCCUAUUUGUUUCCUAGUCACUAAUUUCCAUAUCCAGUUUGCCUCAAUUUUAUCCAACUAUUUCUCUAUCACCCCCUCUCCUUUCCCCCCUCCAUCCCCCCCGCAUGGUACACUCAAGGAAUUAAUAACCACAGACCUCAAGCCCUUUGCAUUCUGAGCGUGAAACACUAAAGUGUCUAGAGAAAGGAUAUGUCUGUAAAGUCUUAUUCUAAAUGGUAAGAAAAGGUGUAGUAUAGCGCAAAAUGUAUACAAAGUAGGGCGCCACUGUCACAAUGCGUGAAUAUAGUUACCACUCAGGUUUCAGAUAAUAACAUGUAAUGUUAGAGAGAGUUUGCCGAUAGUACCUCAGGAUACCAGUAGACGAAUGUGUGCCAGUCCAAGACUACACUUGUUGGUAGGAUGGAUACAAUCUUCAUGGUCCUGCAGGUAACGGCUUUAGUCUCAAAUCUUUACUGGGGGCACUCGUGCCAGCUCGAUGCGUUUCGUCCUUGGACUUUUUCAAGAGCUAUCACUAUCGGCAGACUUUCUCUAAGGGGACCUAACCCAUUGGUGGCUGAAACGCUUUCUUGCACACUAAGAUAUAUUUAUUUUUGUGCCACUUCGCUUGUGAGUGUGUUUUCAUUGUUUUUCAUUUAAAUAUUGUUAUCAUUAAAUACUUCACCAUAUUUGCUCUCCUAAACUUUAUUACAUGUUAUCAUCUGAAACCUGAGUGGUGACUAUAUUCAUGCACUUGUGACAGUGGUGUCCUACUUUGUAUACAUUUUGAACUAUACUACACCUGUUCUUUAUAUUGUUGGGAGUGAUCCCUUUUUGUGGCUUGCCUGCACUUGUAUUUGCACUUUUUCCUACCUACCAGUAUUUUAUUAUGUUUUUCUAAAUGAUAUCUUUGUUCUACCUACAUGUUUAUUAUAGGAACGCUUGUUAUUGCCACAACACUGAAUAGAUAACACAGCUACAAUUACAGUUAAUGUGUGACCUAAUUGUAACAUUCUUGCCAGUUACCCUACUUCUUUUAAAAUUUGACAAUUUUUAGUUUGUCAUUAAACAACAUAUUUGGGGUACAGAAGAGAAAAGGGAAGGAAGGUAGUAAUAACUUUGUUUAAAUGCUCGUUAUACAGGGAAGGGGUACAAAACAGAGAAAAGGGGGCGGGGUGCAUCACAGUAUGAAGCAGUCAAGCAUCGACAGUAGAUCAACAUUGUUUUCACCUUGUAGCAACAUUGUAUCAACAAUUCAACAUGUCAACAUGCAGUCGACCGUGUAUAAUGGUGAGCAUAGUAGCAGAACCAUGAGGGUUAAGUGGCCUUUCGGCAUCACUAUAGCGUGUGGGCAGUCGGUUGCGGCUGGCGUGCCUUCAGGUCAUUUUUGACCUACUGAGAAGGUACAUUACCAGGUACAUUACCAGAUCUCCAUGUUUGCCAAAGCUCCUAAGUUUUUUGGUAGAGUAUAGAGGGGGGAAAGAGGGACUUGUAGGAGGUCUCGUAAAUCCACUGCUUAUGCAAUUCCUCUUGUAGGCUCUCCUUCUUGGGAAGGAUCGUGGACUUCCAUCUCCUUGCUAUUAAUUGCUGCACCGUCAAGGCAAUGUGCAGGGUUAGUUUCCUGACGUGUUGGGGCAUCUCUCUAGGUAGAUCUAGUAGUAGGCACGUCUGCGGGGUGAAUGGGAGCGAGCUUUGGGUGAUCUCUUGGAUCAGUGCGUGGUCUUCAGUCCAGUAAUGGAGUAGCCGUGGAUAGCUCCACCAUAUAUGGUGCAUCGAACCCUCCGCUGCGUGGCACCUCCAACAGAGUGGUGAGGUGGAGGGGAAGAUCUUAUGUAAUCUGGUCGGCACUAAAUACCAAUGGUACAAUAUUUUACGGUGUUGUUCAAUGUGGGAUGUUGUAUUUAGUAAUUUGAGUGGGUCGGAUAGAAUAUUAUCCCAGUAUUUAGGUGGCACUGUAUAGCGGAGAUCGCUCUCCCAUUGUUGGGCAUAUUUGGUGGUGAAGAAAUGGCUAUAAUUUGCUAUAGAGCUAAGACACAUGGAGACUAGUUUACAGUGAGGCAAUACAUUUGCAGUUAUACACAUUUGUUCCCAUUCAGUAAUCAUAUUUGCAUCCCUGGAGGUGUCUAAGAAGCGUUUCUCUUCUUUGGACAUAUAGGAUUUUAGUUGGAGGUAUGAGUACAGCGAGUACUGUGGGAGUGCAUAUUUGUCCGCUAAGGUCGUGUAGUCUAGGAGUCUAUUAGCGGUAAAUAGGUGAUAAAGGUGCGUUGCGCCUUCAGUUACACGACUUUUAAAUGUGCAUAGCCUAUUUACUUGACUUGGGUUAUUUGCACACCAUUCACAAUUCUUGAUUUAUGAAAGCCUACGUCAACGUUGAACCCAACAAGGACUUGAGGUUCAAAACACCAGAAUGUACAAUCCUUUUCUAAUAAUAAAAAGUAAAGAAGUCUCCCACUAGGGGAUCCAAACCUGGUAAUAAUUUUGGAUACACAAUGCUACAAAGUAACAAUUCAAUAGUUACCAGUGGUCCCCAAACCAGUCCUCUUGGUCCCCAAACCAGUCCUGUUGUAUCACAAACAGUCCAGGAUUUAUGUAUUUCCCUUUUUUAUUCAAAUGGAAAUACUGACAAAACCUGGACUGUUGGUGGUCCAUGAGGACUGGUUUGGGGACCAUUGAGUUAAACGAUGAGAGCUGGGGACUGUAGAUACAAAUUAGUAUCAGCUUCUUACAAGGUAAACAAUGUGUCUAGUGUCUAAAUAGGGUUUAUUAUCAAGAUGCCAAUCAGAUCACUAAAUUACUAUUAUCCAGCUACUGCUAAAUAGAAAUUUAAAAUAGAAUGGGUAUUAACAGCCUGUUGAUGGAGACUAAGCAGUACAGUACAAAUGUACUCCUAUAAUUCUUCUCCAUACUUCUUAGUAUAUUAGUAAGAAAUGCCAUUUAGAUCAAAUGAUUGUUAGAGAAUGUACUCUGCUACUAGAGAAAUAGUAUAUAUACGGGCAGAUGGCCUUGUUUGUCUCCAGGAAGAAACAGAGGAAGAGGCAGACUAACUAUACAAUUUUAACUAAUCUUCAAUAAGGCUGGAUUAGUAAUUAGUUAAAGGGUUGGCUCAAUCUCCUAAAUACAGAUACAGGUCCCUUAAUUGUGAGGUUUGCCUCGGUUAUCUCAAUGAUAGUUAGUGAUAACACCAAAAUCUGCUUGUUGCCUUAUUGGAUUUACAAAGUACUCUGCCACUUUAAGAAACUGAAUAUGUAAAGGUAGUUAGCUUAGUUGCCGUAAAAGGAAAAUAGGCCUAAUCUACAAUGAGAGUAAUUGUGUAAAUGUAGAGGCAAGUCUCUUGGAAAAUGUAUACCUCGGAUGUCUCCAUAUGUGACAAAGUGCCCUUUGCCACUUGGUCCUGGAGAGGCCUACUUGCCAGCCUCCUCCCCUGUGACUAUGACUCUUUCAUGUAUCUGGCUUUAAAGCCCCUAGUCUACCUUCAGACAGACUAUUUAUGUAGGCUGCUUUAUUUAUCUUAUGUUUUAGUCACCCUGUACCCAUUAUAGGUGCAGGGUGUGUGUAAUGUAAUUGUUUAUAGUGUGUGUGUACUGUGUAAUGUAUUGCCUGCUCUCUUGUAUUGCUGAGGUUUGCUACCAACUAGGUGGGUUUGGCUAUGGAGCUGGUCUAGUGCCCUCUGUUGGUAGCAACAGCAAUAUGCACUACCUGAAUUGUAAGACUGGUUCAUUUGCAUAUUCGGGUAGAUUUGCAUAUUGCUAAUUCUGCAGGCAGGUGAGAUAUUUACUGUUAAAUAUUGUCUCCCCCCACCCCGUUAAAAAUGUGCCAUUGUGUUGUGAUAAGUCACUGUGUGUUGCUUGAUAUGGUUUGACUGUUUGUGAUUUUAUUGAGGUUUCACAACAAUGUGAUUGUGGUGACCCUAUUGGCUGGUCUCAAGGGAAAUAAAGGUUUUGACAGUUCUUCUUGAUCCCUCUAAAUGUAUCUUUGUCUCGUUAUUGGAGGGAGCUGUUAUAAUCACACUGGGGAUUGCUAUGCUCUGCAUGCUCCCCUGAGCUUGAGUCACUUAGCUCUUUUAAGAGCUUGUUCCUGACACGCUCUCCUUGGAGGAGGGGUCUUCACCACACAGUCCUGGAUGCUGGAGGUUCAUACAGGGUGGAAGGGAGAGUUCUUUCCUACACAGUCCUGGAGGACAGAAGCUGAUCCAGGGUGGAAGGAAGACGGCGAGACUCCAGUCAAGAUACGGCGGUUGCAGAGUCUGUGGUGGUUGUGGUGUCUGCUGCAGUGCUUGGGAGUCCUCAGGAAGCGCUAGGAGCAUCCAUCAAUGGAGGGUACUCAGUCGGAGUACAAGGAGCUCCGUUACACCAUACAUAGAGACAACCUACAAUUCCUUACAGAUCGCCUCAACCGCAGGCCAAUACCUUGAUUACCUCAGAUUGAUGAGAUACCUACUAUCAACAGAGGCUAUGCCAUUAAACUGAAUUGCAAUCACCCAAACCACUCUAGGAUUGGCAUGUGCUCGCUGCAAAGAAACAUCUGAAAUAAAACCGUCCCAACCAACGUUUCAGUGUUACAUAAUAAUAAUAAUAACAAAGUAUUACAUAGCACCUUGCCAUAUUAAGGUUUAUAAAGAGGUUCCAGAGCACCCCCUCUCAGUUUACAAUACACCUGUAUAGUUAGCCAACAGAUGAAAUAGAUGGGCCUAUCAGGCGGGCUAGAUAUCAGGGGAGUGUCGACGAAGUCAGUAGAAUUUUGGACUGAUGCCUUAUCUAUGUGCCACAGCCAUGCCUCCUGUUAGCAUCGUCUAGUAAAUGAUUAUCAUAUACUUUCCGCAAAAAUUUUUAUUUUUUCCAUCUAUAUUCUACAGACAGAUAAUUCCUUAUUCUUAAUUGGCUAUACAGGAUUUUCUGAAAUCAUUUUUUUCUUUCUUUUUUUAAUCGUGACUCAUGGCUGGAAUAAAAUUUGCAAAAUUACCGUCUGCUGGCUUCCAAUCGUCUAAGUAUUACACCUAUUAUCUAUAAGAUCAAUCUCCAGAUCUAAAAACUCUACUUUGUCUUUUGAGCGAUUAAAAGUGAACUUUUUAAAAACGUUUUUAAAUAAUCUUGAAACUUCUGAUAGAAUUCUUUUAUAUAUCUUUACGGAAGACCAGAUUUAUGCCACUUUGAAUUUCACUUUCAAUUCACCUCCAAUUCGCCACAAUUCUCACAUUACUAAAUAUAACCCUUGUUAACAAAACCAGUUCUUUCACUUGUCAGUGAAGUCUAUUAACCUCUUAGCAAGUGGACUCAACAGUAAAUCAGUAUAUGACUUGGCAAAGAUACACCUGUGAUGCUAUGACAAAGACACACAAACAGAGACACACCCCUCUCAAAACAUUUUAGGAGCAGGAGUUUCCUCCUUUGCACUUACAUUUACAUAUGAAGCCUAAACAUACUCGCCUACCUCAUUAUAUCGGAUAAUUCCUAUGCAGGAGAAAGAAUAUAUAAUUAUUACUGAGACAAAGAAACACAAAUCCUCCUUUUAAACUCUAUGGAAAAUUACAAAAAAACUCUCUCUCAGCCAAUGAGAAAAUCAGUACAGGAAAUAUAUUAGUGAAAGAAGGGACGUUUUACUUUCUUCAUCUGCCUGUAAUAAGUAACCAAAGCCAAAUAGUUUCAUAACAAGGCAGUGACAACACCCCCCGAAUUCUAGCCAAUCUGAGAGCUCUAAGUGACAUUCCUCUGGGUGACAUCAUCUUGUCAUAUAAUAACACCGCCCAUCAUGAUGUCACACCAGAGAGACAUGCUACUGUGGAUGUUUAGAAACUACAACAUUAUCUGAGAAAGCCAGUGUACAAGACUGUAUUUUACAGUGAGCGAUGGCACCCAUAUUAGUCGAUAACAGCAAGUCCGGCACACCAGAGAGGGAGACUUAUGUGGAGUAAGUAGACAAAAUAUUGUGAUCUUUAAGGCUUUAAUUUGAUUUAAAACUAAAUAUUACAAUGGGGGUUGUAUUCACUAAAUGGUAAGUUUAGGUCCCAGCAGCCACGAUAUAAACUAAAAUUGGAUGGUUUAUUCACUAAAGUGAGGAAUGUCAAGAUUUAAGUCCGAAGUAGUCAAAUUGAAAGCAUUGUUGGUUUGGUGAUUUUUUUUUUUUUUUCGCCCUUUUAGAUAUUUUGUUCUGAAUUUUGCAAGUAGUUUUUUGCAAUUUUUUCUAUUUCGUGCUUGCAUCAAAUGUAUAAUAAUGUUCUGAUUUUGAGGUUUUCCACCGGAGGGCUACAUUCUAUUACAAAAUACAAAUUUACUUCCAGUAACUAAAUAUUAGUUUUCUUACUGACGUCUAUUCAAUUUUCAGAGAAGUGUAUGCAUUUUAUAAUACAAUCUAACCAUGAGAUUUUGUUUCCCAUUAUUCCAUUUUGAUUUUAAAAUUUGCAAGUACUUUUUGCACGUUAAACAAAUUGCUGUUUAAUGAAUAGUUCCCCCAGCUGCUAUUUCACAUUGUGUAUGUUAAAUUGUAUUCUAGUGCUUCUCCAUAUGCCAUGCCAAUUCUUAUAAACUGUAAAAGCAAAGUUGGAGAUAAAAAAAUACAAGAGAUAAUUAUUAGUAUUAUAAGUAAAAUCCAGCACAAAGUGGGAAUAUAGGGUGGGAUUGGGGUAUUUCCUAAAUGCAAAAAUGUCAUAAAUGUAUGUUGAUUGUAAAGAUGAAAUAGCUGAAAAAUCUCCAAAUCAGUUAUUUUUUCAUUUUGUGAGUAGGAGCAUGACUGUGGCAGUGUGAUUGUGACAGGGUUGGGGGGGGAAGGGGGGGUGUAACAAUGUUUGGGGGAUGAGUGUGACAGGGUGAGUGUGACAAUGUUUGCGGGAUGAGUGUGACAGGGUGAGUGUGACAAUGUUUGGGGGAUGAGUUGGACAGGGUGAGUGUGACAGGGUGAGUGUGACAAUGUUUGGGGAAUGAGAGUGACAGGGUGAGUGUGACAAUGUUUGGGGAAUGAGUGUGACAGGGUGAGUGUGACAAUGUUUGGGGGAUGAGUGUGACAGGGUGAGUGUGACAAUGUUUGGGGGAUGAGUGUGACAGGGUGAGUGUGACAAUGUUUGGGGGAUGAGUUGGACAGGGUGAGUGUGACAGGGUGAGUGUGACAAUGUUUGGGGAAUGAGAGUGACAGGGUGAGUGUGACAAUGUUUGGGGAAUGAGUGUGACAGGGUGAGUGUGACAAUGUUUGGGGGAUGAGUGUGACAGGGUGAGUGUGACAAUGUUUGGGGAAUGAGAGUGACAGGGUGAGUGUGACAAUGUUUGGGGAAUGAGUGUGACAGGGUGAGUGUGACAAUGUUUGGGGGAUGAGUGUGACAGGGUGAGUGUGACAAUGUUUGGGGGAUGAGUGUGACACAGUGAGUAUGACAAUGUUUGGGGGAUGAGUGUGAAAUUUUUGGGGGAUGAAUGUGGGGGGACUUUAUGUGCGGAAGCUGUGUUUCUGUGUUCAUAAUCCUUACGAACUGUAAUGCCUUUUUAAUUUAUGUUGCCCCACUCCUGCUUACCUCCUUUGUUUGUGAGAGAGAGCAAUAAUCUAUUCCCUGGUGGUCCCGUGGACUACCAGUGCAGGUGCACCUCUCUAGCUGUGUGCAGACCCCUCCUAAUGCCCCCUUCAGGUUUCUGAGAUGUGCAAAGUGCGCUAAAUGGAGCUCAGCAGAAUUGGUGAGAUAAUGGUAGCGCUGGCUCUGCUGUCUGGGACCCCAAGUGAAAUUUGUUUUAUAUGAAAUGUAUUUUGAUUGCAAUAUUCCAAAUCCUGUAUCCGCUUUGUAUGGAUUGGGUGCACACCCUGGCAAUCAUUUAUAUACGAGUCCCGGAGUAAAGGGGUUAACACUCUUUAGUAAAGACUUUUGGAACAAUCCUCCAUGUUUCAUUUUUACAAAUCAUGCACUGACAAUGGAUGGAUAAUAAUUACAUCUGUCUCUUUUUUUUAGCAAUGGCUUUGUACAUAUUAAAAACCCUCACCUGGACAUGCUGUCUGAAGAUAUUCUCUACCACUUCGACUUAGGAACUAAAACGCACGAUUUGCCCUCCAUGUUUGGAGAUGUUAAGGUAAUCUGAGAACGUAUAGUUCUCUUCACUCGAAACCUUACUCGAUAUACUAAAGCUUAAAUAACUAUAUCUGUUAUGACAUACUUGAAAAUGAGAGGAAUCUCAAUGUAUCUUUCCUGGUAAAAUAUUUUAUAAAUAAUAAUGAAGAAAAUCAAAAACAAAAACAAAUCUCCCAUGAAGCCGUUUGUUUGGCAUGGAGAAAUGAUAAAGGCUGGCCUUAGAUAUCAAUGUUCUUCCUGAGUCCAAGGACAAAAUGCUGCCUCCGUCCAAAAAUGAAGCCACACCGACACGACGUACCUCCCAGACCUGUUACCAGAUUAAAGGAAAUCCAUGUUUGUUUCUUCUGACGGCUGUUAUGUUUUGACAAAAUUAGUCUAGUUAUUUUAUUAACUAUAAUGUUUGUUCCUAACAGGAUUUCUUUGCUAGUAAAGCUCACUUCAACCAGGGAAGUUGAUUCAGAAUAAAAAAAAUUUGUAACAGGAAAAACGUUCAUAUAGGAAUGAGUCAUGAUCAUAACAGGGAAACUCAGUUACACAGCAUCUAACAUGUUGUAAUUCAUUUAGUUGGGAAGAGGUAUUUGUCACUUCCAGGACAGUUUCAUGACUGUAUUUGUUACCUCAGACUCACACACACAGACACACGCACACCGGGAGGGCGAGGCUUCCACAUCCAAAAAGCAUUUUGUGCUCUCUCUCACGUAGCAGUUCCACUACACACUUCUUUCUACUAUCACACUCUGCCCCCAACUAUGUAACACUCACCACCCCCCUAACCAUGCCACCUACCCUGUCACACUCACCCCCCAACCAUGUCACACUCACCAACCUUCUCACCCUCCCCACACACUGUCACUCACCCCCAACCAUGUCACACUCACCAGCCCUCUCAUCUGCCACAUACGAUGUCACACUCACCCCCCACCAUGUAACACUCACCACCCCCUUAACCCUGCCACCUACCCUGUCACACUCACCCCCAACCAUGUCACACUCACCAGCCCUCUCAUCUGCCACAUACCCUGUCACACUCACCCCCCAAUCAUGUAACACUCACAGCCCUCUCACCUGCCACAUACUCUGUCACACUCACCCUCCAACCAUGUAACACUCACCACCCCUGCAACCCCCAAGCACCUACCCUGUCACACUCUCACCCCAAAUCCAUGUCACACUUCACCAACCUUUCUCACCCUCCCACAUACUGUCACAUCUCCACCCCAACCAUGUCACACUCACUCAGCCCUCUCAUAUCUGCCACAUACCAUGUCACACUCACCCCCAACCAUGUAACACUCACAGCCCCCUCUCACCUACAUACCUGUCACACUUACCCUCCAACCAUGUAACACUCCACCACCCUCUAACUCCCAAGCACCCACCCUGUCACACUCACCCCCAACCAUGUCACACUCACUAACCUUCUCACCCUCCCCCACAAACUGUCACACCACCCCAACCAUGUCAAACUCAAUUGUAGCCCUCUCAUCUGCCACAUACCCUGUCACACUCCCCCCCCAACCAUGUAACCCUCACCCCCCCCCUAACCCUGCCACCUACCCUGUCACACUCACCCCCCAACCAUGUCACACUCACCAACCUUCUCACCCUCCCCACAUACUGUCACACUCACCCCCAACCAUGUCACACUCACCAGCCCUCUCAUCUGCCACAUACGAUGUCACACUCACCCCCCAACCAUGUAACACUCACAGCCCUCUCACCUGCCACAUACUCUGUCACACUCACCCUCCAACCAUGUAACACUCACCACCCCCCUAACCCUGCCACCUACCCUGUCACACUCACCCCCCCAACCAUGUCACACUCACCAACCUUCUCACCCUCCCCACAAACUGUCACACUCACCCCCAACCAUGUCAAACUCACCAGCCCUCUCAUCUGCCACAUACCCUGUCACACUCACCCCCCAACCAUGUAACACUCACCACCCCCCUAACCCUGCCACCUACCCUGUCACACUCACACCCCAACCAUGUCACACUCACCAACCUUCUCAUCCUCCCCACACACUGUCACACUCACCCCCAACCAUGUCACACUCACCAGCCCUCUUAUCUGCCACAUACCCUGUCACACUCACCCCCCAACCAUGUAACACUCACCAGCCCUCUCACCUGCCACAUACUCUGUCACACUCACCCCCGCACCCUGUCACACACCCUCUCACCCGCCACACAUUCUGUUACACUCAUCCUGUCACACUUACCCCCUCACCCCCUCACCCUGCCACACACACACACACUGUCACACUCAACCCCUCACCCUGCCACACACACACACUGUCACACUCAACCCCUCACCCUGCCACUCACUAUACUCCAGAUUUUCACAAAAUAAAUCCAAUUGGCAACGCUAAGUCAAAAAUGUUAAAAAAAAAAAAAAAAACCAGAUCAGAUAUUUUUGCUUCAGUUUCUGAAUUCAGAUUUACUUUGUAAAAAUACAGAUUUUAGUGAAUAUCCCUACGGAACUUUGAAUUCUGGAUCCCAUAAAGAUUUAUACACUAAGCACUGAGUUCUCAUAGGUUGAUAAAUGAUAUACAUAAAGAUUGCUAUCCUGGCCUUGAAUUUUAAAUUCACUUUCGAUUCCCGAUAAUCUUGACUUUAGUAAAACUCCCUUAGAAUUGCUCACUGUUCACACUAGUGAAUAAAUCAAUAAAUGAUGCUUGAAAUUGAAAUGCUGGCGGCCUUGAAUGGGAGCAGGUGACUUCUCUUGAUCUUACGGUAACUAUGAAGUAAACCUGUUUAACUUGCACGGUGCAUUUCUAAAUAUAUACAAUUCUCUUCCAGUUUGUGUGUGUUGGAGGAAGUCCUAACAGAAUGAGGAGCUUCGCAUUAUUCAUUCAUAACGAACUGGGUCUGGAUGGAGAUGGUAAUAACAUAGUGGAUAUCUGCGCUGGGACAGACAGAUACAGCAUGUACAAAGUAGGCCCUGUGCUGUCUAUUAGUGUGAGUAUCUCUUUAUUUAUUAAUUAUAGAUUGUAUCACAGCUGUAAAACAGUGUGUUUCGUGUCUAUAAUCACAGAGCUCCUCAGCAUUGUCUUAUUAUUUAUAUAAAUAUCGCACAUUCAUUAUAUUUUACAGUGAAACUGUCAUCUGCAGAUAGUGUGUGUGAUAGGUUCACCUUCAGAUAUAACCUAUGCUCUGUGCUUCUAGGCAGAUGUAUAGAUCAAAUUAGAUACGUAUAUGAAGAAUGCUUCAUAAACAUUUACCUCAUUCCUUUUUUUAAAAAAAAAAUUCUUCAUUUAUAGUUUUGUAUUUGUUUUUUUUCAAGAGAUGUUAAAGAAAGUUGCGAUGACAAUUACAAUGACAAAUGAUGACAUAUAAGUUAUUGCGAAAAUCAUUAAAACAUACUUAUCUACAAUUGUAAUUGUAGAUGUCUCGGCAUAUUAAACAGGAAUCAAUAUAUAAAAUAAACCAGUAAAACAAUAAAAAAUAUACCACAACAAUGUAACUGUUUUGAAUAAACUUUAAACUAUUACGUAUCAUAAAGGCAUUGUUGGUUGCCAUAGUUUUGCUGCAUUUCCCCCAAUUCCUAACAUGGUAUCCUCGACUGCAAAGACCCCCAAAUAAUGUGAGAAUACCUCCCAAGUUCUAUACAAUUCUAUUUAAGCAGAUCCAAAUACAAACCAAAUAAAUUACACUUACACAGAUAAUACAGAUAACACACUCAGCUAUGGUUACCUUUUCUUGUUUCAACACCGCAGCAGUAAGCAGAGCACAGUCUGUAUAUUUUUGGUAGUAAAAUGUUGUAAUCGUAUCCUUUACAGCAUGGGAUGGGGAUCCCUUCUAUUUCCAUUAUGCUCCAUGAACUCAUCAAACUACUCCACCAUGCCAAGUGCCGUGACGUCACCUUAAUUCGCAUUGGGACAUCUGGAGGGAUUGGUAAACAUUAUUUUCAAUAAAGGAGAUUAUUGCUACAUUUAUGUUCAGAAUUUUCCAAUCUUAGCUCCAGAAUGUCUAAGUCUGAACUCUCUCAGAACCUGAGAACUCUGCCUGACACUUGAAAGUUCAAUAGCACGUAAUAUGUUUAAUAGAAAUCAAUGUAAAUUCCUAGCAGGGAGUAUAAUGCCCUAUUAAUGUUUAAGCUUAGUGGUGCAGUUAAGUACAUUCACCGUUUUAAUACCAUAUCAAAAAUAGAUUUCUGUUCUUUAAGAUGCCAGUUGAUAAGUGACAAGGUUGACAACAUUGUAAUGUCCCUUUAAUAUUUUUCCCACUUUUAGAUAAUGUUAAAAAGUAAUAUUUGAAAUGUUACUUGGAAAGUCAGUUUUGUUUGGCAGAUUUGUUCUAAUUCACACCUUUUAACGUCCCAGGCAUCGAACCCGGCACAGUUGUGAUUACAGACAUAGCUGUAGACGCUUUUUUUAGGCCCCAGUUUGAGCAAACUAUUUUGGACAAAGUGGUCGUGAGGAAUACCCAACUUCACCAGGAACUCGCCAAAGAUCUGCUGGAAUGCAGUCGGGAGAUUUCCAGUUUUCCUACAAUUAUCGGUCAUACCAUGUGCACAUAUGACUUUUACGAAGGUACAACUUUUUAUCUUUAUCAUUAGUAUUGCUUACUUUUUAGUUAUUGUGCAAUAUAUUAAAGCAGAUUGGCUUAUAAAGAUCAACAAAGUAGACUGGUGCACUGUCUACUUAUACAUUAUCUGUUAACGUAUUAUCAUGUAUAUGUGAGAUUUGGUUUCAUUUUCCUUGUUUGGUGCUACAAAUAUCUUAUAAGAAUGCAACCCUAAGUGACAAAUAUCCCACUUUAAAGGACCACUAUGGUGCCAGGAAAACAUACUCGCUUUCUUGGCACUGUAGUUCCUUGAGGGUGUCCCCACCCUCAGGGUCCCCUCCCACCGGGCUCUAGGGGGUGGAAGGGGUUAAACUUACCUUUCUCCAGUGCAGGGCGGGGGACUCUCCUCCUCCUCUCCUCCUCCUCGGCUGAAUGCGCAUGUGCGGCAAGAGCCGCACGCGCAUUCAGCAGGUCCAUAGGAAAGCAUUCUGUGAAAAUCACAGUGAGAAGCGCGGAAGCGCCUCUAGCGGCUGUCAUCGAGACAGCCACUAGAGGCUGGAUUAACCCUAUUAUAAACAUUCAUUCAUGAAGUGGUCUGGGUGCCUAUAGUGGUCCUUUAAGUAAUAGAAAAAAAGGGUUAAACCUAGCUGGACCUGGCACCCAGACCACUUCAUUAAGCUGAAGUGGUCUGGGUGCCUAUAGUGGUCCUUUAAGUAAUAAAUGUACUUUGUACUCUUACUGGAGCACAUCCCCCUUUAAAUAAAUAGUCAUACAUUAGUGAGUCUAAUGAAAGUUUUCAAAAAAAAGUGUGCAUUAUCGGGAAUUCAGUGAAUUACUAAAGGAAUGCUCUAGGUCUAGGCCAGGGUGCCCAAAAUGUAGAUCCCAAUAUGUUUUAAAAUACAGCUUCCAUAAUGCCUUGUAAUUCUAAUUGCAUUCUAAAGGCAUGCAAUGCAUCAUGGGAUUUGUAGUUCAACAGCACCUAGGGAUCUACCUUUUGGGUACCCCUGCUCUAGGCACUAUGAUAACUACAGUGCUCUGCAGAGGCUAUGGUGCCAGGAGCCCCCAUGAGCCAUCCUCUGAUAAUCUUUCAUAUUAUUUAGGAAUAGUCCCUACCAGUCCGAGCAGCUCUAGUAAAUGAGAAGCUCUCUGCAAAAGAACAUUGUUUAGAAUUUAUAUGCAUUAGUAUGAUAAUGUGAAAGUAUGGACUUUGAGUGCCUGACACAACAAGGUAAAGGGUUACACAAGUUGCCAGAGGGGUACAUUUUAGACCUUUAAAUUAUAAGCCAAAAAAAGUGAGAUACUUUGACUCAAAUUUGAAAUUCAAUUUUAAAUCCAGACAAAUCCCACUAUAAUAAACACCCCGUGUGAAAUCAAAGGAAAUAUAAAUGAAUUUGUACAUAAUUUUAGUUGGGGAAAGCCUGUACACCACUCAGCCAAGAAACUGGUCUUUUCGGCAGCAUAUUUCAUAUCAGUGAGCAUUCUUCCAGCUGCUCGACAUGUUAAGUGUCUCUUUUUCCAUUUUUUACCAGUGUUUUAUGCAGGAUGAAAGAAAAUAAUUAGCUUUUAUAUGUGUUUACAGACUAUGGGGGAGAUUUAUCAAAGUGUCGUAUCCUAAAAAGUGGAUCAAAUAGCACAAUUCAGUGAUUGGUCAAUAACCCCUGAAAAUAGGCUACUUAAUCUGAUGUCUAAAUGCCAAAUGUCCCGAAUGCAUUGCAUUCCAAAUGAUUGGAACACUAUUUUAUUUGAUUAAAAACUGCAAACCCUAGUCUACUCUAAUAUAUUUUUUAUUGGUAAGUUCCAAAGCAGUGAUUCAUACUUGUUUAUGUGAUUGUACCGCUGGUAUUUAAAAAGACCACAUUGAUGAAUUUUCUAAAAUGUACAAAAGAUUUAUUUUAUUUUUAAAUGUAAUAUAUAAAAGAAACUGCUAUUGCUCGGAAGUAAUAACUGAUAUAUGGAGAAGCAAAAUUAUACAUUUGUUUGUAAGUAAUGAAGAAUGCUCAAGAGAGGUAAAAUCAAUUUAUUUUGAAGGUCAAGGCAGAUUAGACGGUGCUCUCUGUUCAUUUUCAAAAAUGUUAUAGUACUGGUCACCGCAAAGUGACUUGGCAAUGUCACCAAGGCUUAACAAAGGCCAUUAAUGGUGGAAACAUUGCCAAAAGGUGACUCAAUAAAGCAAUCAACUCCAUACAUAUAACUGUAAUGAAGAUAAAUUAUUUCUCCAGAAAUUAAUUCUGAUGUGUGUCUUGCAUUCCAUAUUGCCCCAAGAGCCAACUGUUUUCCAACCAAUUUUCCACAAAACACAUUUACUAUUCCUGAUAACAGUGUUUAACAGAAGCUUACAGUAGUGUCUAGCCUACAGGGGGCAGCUUUGUUUUCCAGCAUUCAUUAUGGUACUCCAGAUGAUGUGGACUCCAGCAUUACGGCUGUAAGAGAAUUAUGGGACAUGUAGUCCAAAACAUCCGAAGAUUACUGACCCCUGUAAGAAGAUUGUUUACAAGAUAAAAACAUUAAUCACUGUCCUAUUUGUUCACAUUGGAUCUUUUCCUCUCUGUAUUUUAGCUGCAGUGGUCUGUGUGACUCUUCUCAACCGACUAGAAGGGGAUCAGAUCUGCCACAGUCACGGUGUUCUAACGGAAUUCCAGAGCCGACCUCAGCAACUGAUUGCAACAUAUAUCAAGAAACAGCUUGGUGUGUGCACAUAGCCUGACAAGUUAGGCAUUAUGGGAAUUAACUAUGCACAUUAACUUAAAAAGUCAUUGCUAUAUGCAACAUUUGCAGACUGUUUAACAUGGGCAUUCUACAGGUAACUCUUCUACUGCUGUCGAACUACAACUGCCAUGUCGCUUGGCUAGGAUUGCUGGUCAAAGACUGGCUAACCGUGAUUGGAGUUGUUGCUCCACUGCAGAGCUGCUUCUUAUCUACAAAUGAUGUAUACUAAAUGGGGUACAUUUAAUACACAUACCGAAUUGUUCACUAAAGUGAGAUUUGUCUUGAAUUCAAAGUCAAUUUCAAAUUUAAGGUCAAAGUACAUGAACUGUAAGCACGGCUGUUUGAGCUUUCUCUAGUUCAGCACCUUAAAAUCUACUUUGAAUUCCCAAUAAUUAUCCCUUUAGUGAAUAUCCCUAUAAGAUGGGCUGCUUCAUAAAGCAUGCUAUUUAUUUAUUUUUAAGCAAAAGUUGCACUUUUACAAAGUCUGUGAUUAAAUCGUACAAAGCGAAAUGCAUUGGGUGUUUACCUGCUUGUCAACUUGUUGUUUUAAUCCUUUCUUAAGAAUAAAUUGUAUGGAAUCAGAGAAUCAGAAUUUAGUGAAAAUAAAUUAACAGUUUUAUGAAGCGGUCCAUCUUUUUAUUUUGACUUUAUGCAGUAGAAAUAUCUUUUUUUUUCUACUUACAUUGUCUCAUCAUUGUUGGGUGCUAUCCCUUAUAUUCUAAGUGCACGAUUGUUGGCCGUGGUGAGCUACCGUUUAUAAUAAUAUGAUACAAGUCUGGUGAAAAACAGGGUAUUUUGGGUACUGUUAAUUAGAGCAUAUUUAAUUACCUUUAAUAACAGGUAUUGAAAGCUCACAGCUUGGGUAUAAUUAUGAAAGUGUGAAAACUGCUAAACGUCAGAGAUACAGUAACUGUUCCAUCCCGACACACGAUGAAUUGUUAAGUUUCAAUCACUGGAUUCCUUUAAAUCACACUUUUUCCUGUAAGGAAUCUGUAAUCAUUGUCAAAGGUUAAAAUGCUUAAUGUUUUCCUGGAAUCUCUUUAUUCCACUUGGCAAAUAACCUUGUUUAUGGGAUGUAGCCCGCUGCUUAGAUAAUGUUUAAAGCUUGUUUGGGGUCAAUGCUCUCCAGGAUUAAUGAAUAAUGGAGAGUUUGUUUAUAUUAUAGGACAGAUAUGUUUGUGCGUGACAGCUGAUCUUUCGUAAUACAGUACAGAAGACUAUCUCCAAUUAACACUUUAUCACAUCACUAUGCUUUGGAGCACAUGCGAUCUUAUUGAUAAAGAUAUAUAUCUCUAAGACUAUUAUUCUAAAACAACAAUUAUUGCUAUAAGCCACAAUGAGAACAGAUAUAAUGCAUCCUGUUGACUUUCGAAUCGUUCCUUUAAAUCUGCUUUUUGCUCAGUCUGACUUAUAUAUUUUUAUAUCUGUAGAUCCAUUUAUUCCACCAAUAUAUUUUACCAUAUUGCUUUACAAUGGUUGAUUAGUCAGCAAUAUAUACUAUUCUAUAAAGUUUCUGCAGAUAGCCGUGAAACCCAAUGCUGUUUUCUUUAAUGUACAGUUACUAACAGUUAUUGUCCACCAAGUCAUCAUUGAUGGACACUGAGACAAAAUUAGAGUGGUGAUUUCAUAGUUUUCAGGAAGAUCGGAAAGUGGUGACAGACAGUGGUAUACAUGAGCAGUAAUAGAUUGAAGUUCCUAUUCUGGAUAAAGAGCUGUUAAUAAUUUUCUCUGUAUCCCUUAAAAACUAUACAUGCCAUCAUCACAAGCUUGUGCUUGAAGGUGCUAUGACAACAAUGCACAGUCUUCUUAAUUUCAUUUAAAAAGCGCCAACGGAUUCCGCAGCGCUGUACAAUAGGUGGACUAACAGACAAGUAUUUGCAACAUCCGAGUUGGAUGCAACGGAACAGAGGGUGUUGAGGGUCCGCUCAAACAAGCUUCCACUUAUAUACCAUUAGCAGCUCAUUAAAGCCCUAAAUAUGCGAAAUGAGUAGGGAAAUUCAAUGAGUGGUCUCUAAGAACUAGAUUGCAAAGAUGCCAUGGACUAUCAUUGGUUGUUAAAUAAUUACAUUUUGCAUGUGAUGUUAGAGUCGCAUAAAUAUUGGAAGAAAUAAAAAAACAUAAAACAUUAAAAAAAAAAACACAAUACUUCAAAUUAUUUGCCUUUAUAGACGUGUUUUCCAAAUUCACUGUUUGCUGCAUAUUUGACAUUCCUUUGGUAACAGUCUAUGUGUUUUUUCACCAUUGUACUGUCUGACUUCAGAUAUAUUACAAUUACUGUAUAACACACAUUAUUAGUAUUUUGAAGGUUUGUGCUUACAUUUGCAAAUCUCAGGAAUUUUAUGUAGAUGAAUAACUUUUAUGUACUGUAAUAAUGAUAAAUCUAAGAUUUGUCUGUUUUUGUAUAUUUAUGUUAUUGUAUUUGGUACUGUAUCUGCUCUUUAAUAAAGUGUUAUUGUAUGCCAUGUGAAUGUGUAUAAUUAUCACUGUGUGUCCACGAGGAGCUGUGCGGGUACUAUCAAGCGAGACUAUUGGACUUGUAUGCAGACAACAAAUGUCACAUUGUACCAGAGCAGGCAAACACAAAAAGUCAAUUAUUUCAGGGCACGUGCACAACAAAAUGAGCCAGCAAAUGCAAUAUAAUGAAGCUAGCAGAAUCACUGAUGCCUACAAUGAUAUACAGUAACAAUAUUACAUUUACUGGUACCCGGAAUAGUAAUAUCAUUAGAUGUUUUUAUUAAUGUGUCUAAAUGUUUUCCUGAUUCAUUUAAAUGAGAUGUUUUAUACUUUAAAUAAACCCUGUAUUAUCCUGUAGAUACAUUGAGUAGUGUUACUAAUAACAUAAAAGCAUAGCAAAAACAAAAAAAGCAAUGCACAAGAUUCUCCUUAUAGAUUUCUUAAACGAUACAUGUGUAUUCUAGAAGACUUAAAUGUAUUGAAUGUAGAAACCGGUUUCACUGGCAUAUUGAGUAAUAAAUUACAG